CCUCCGAGGGCCUCCCCGCGGGGCGGAGUCCGAGGCGCCGGUCAGCCGACCCGGGCCCGUUUGCCCUAGCUGCCCUUGCAGCCGCGAGUCCGCAGGUGCGUCCGGAGGGCCGCAGCCGCACCAUGCUGGGCGUGAUCAAGAACUCGCUGUUCGGGAGCGUAGAGACGUGGCCUUGGCAGGUCCUGAGCAAAGGGGGCAAGGUAGGCCCGCAGGGCUGCCGAGGACCUGAAGCGGGGCCGCCCCCCACGCACCGCACCCUGACCGGGGCUGGAGCGGGUUCUGACGGGCAGGAAGAUGUCUCCUAUGAGGAACGGACCUGUGAGGGCGGGCGGUUUGCCACAGUGGAAGUGACAGACAAGCCUGUGGAUGAGGGUCUACGGGAAGCAAUGCCCAAAGUCAUGAAGUACGUGGGAGGCACCAAUGACAAGGGAAUCGGAAUGGGGAUGACCGUUCCUAUUUCCUUUGCUGUGUUUCCCAGUGAUGACGGCUCCCUACAGAAGAAAUUAAAAGUCUGGUUCCGGAUUCCAAACCAGUUUCAGAGCAACCCGCCGGUUCCCACGGAUGACAGCGUUAAGAUAGAGGAGAGAGAAAGCAUCACUGUCUAUUCCCUGCAGUUCGGUGGGUAUGCGAAGGAAGCUGACUAUGUAGUUCAUGCCACCCAGCUGCGUACCGCCCUGGAGGGCACGGCCACCUGCCGGAGUGACGUCUACUUCUGCACUGGCUAUGACCCUCCCAUGAAGCCCUACGGACGUCGCAAUGAGGUCUGGCUGGUGAAAGCAUGAGUAAUUCGCUGCACUACAGCUUCCCAGAUGUCUGUUUCUGUGUCUGUUUCCUGAGGGGAGAAGGAGGGAACACAGCUUCCAGCUGUGUCUCCAGCUUCACCAACUUCCCCUUCAAAGCCAUCAUGUACUGCCAAUUUUAUGAAAUAUGCAUAUUCCGUCUAUGUUCUUUCUCUCCUGGUAGGAGCUCAGACAGCCAAGGUAGACAGCAUCCUUCGAACUGACUUGGAAAGUUCUGUGGUAGAUCAGAAAAAAAUCCAGCAACAUUUUCCUAGCUAUCUGGGUCACUCAAAACUGAUCUUUAAAAAUGAUUGAACCUGUAUUUUUGUGGUGGAGGAAAAAAUGUGAUUUGUGCAUGAUCUUUCAUCUGUGAUUCUUGCAAGACCUUUGUCUGAAAAGAAACUGAAAAUAAAGAUCUUUGACUUAAA